CCGGCGGGCGGCGACGGACUCCAUUUCCCGCCGCGCCCCGCGGGCGCAGGCGCAGGCGCAGUGGCGGCUGGGCGCUGUGGCGGGCGGGCGGCCGGGGCGAUGAGGCGGCGGGGCGCGGUGCAGCGGAAGGUGCCGUGUCUGUUCGUGACCGAGGUGAAGGAGGAGCCGUCGGCCAAGCGGGAGCGCCAGCCAUUUAAAGUUUUGGCAACUGAAGCUAUAACCGGGAAGGCGUUAGAGGCAGAUAUAUACAAUGCAAUCCCUACUGAAAAGGUGGACGGAACCUGCUGUUACGUAACUACCUAUAAAGGACAACCCUAUCUAUGGGCCAGGAUGGAUCGAAAACCCAACAAGCAAGCUGAAAAAAGGUUUAAACGAUUCUUGUAUUCAUUGGAAGAUUGCAAAGAAUUUGUUUGGAAUGUUGAAGAGGAUUUCAAGCCUGUUCCAGAUACCUGGAUUCCAGCAAAGGACAUAGAGUUCUGUAAUGGCAAUCCUUUGCCCGAUGAGAAUGGACAUAUGCCAGGUUGGGUGCCUGUGGAGAAAAAUAGUAAGCAGUAUUGCUGGCACUCAUCUGUUGUAAAUUAUGAGGCUGAAAUAGCGCUGGUAUUGAAACACCAUGCUGACCCAGGGCUUCUGGAAAUCAGUCCAGUGCCGUUAUCGGAAAUUUUAGAACAAACAUUGGAGCUUAUUGGGACUAAUAUUAAUGCAAAUCCAUAUGGAUUAGGAAGCAAGAAGCAGCCUGUACAUCUUCUUGUACCACAUGGAGCAUUUGAAAUAAAGAAUCCACCUACUUUGAAACAAACUGACAUAGUGUCUUGGUUUGAAGGCUGCAGUGAGGGUAAAGUUGAAGGAAUUGUGUGGCACUGCCGUGAUGGGUGUUUAAUCAAGCUCCAUCGCCAUCAUCUUGGUUUACACUGGCCACUUGCAGAGACAUACCUGAAUUCUCAGCCCGUUGUAAUUUCUUUUAAUAGAACUAAAUAUGACUGUGACUUUGAACCAAAGAGUUUGUUUCACCGUUUUUCAAACUUGGAUGGUCAAAGAUUUGACAGACUCAAAGAUAUCAAGUUUGAUGCUUGAAAUGAUUUUUCUCUUUUAAGAUGAUCCUGGCAACUCACCUUUAAUUGCAGUUUUUCCAACUCUGAGGCUUUCAACUGUGUCUGAAGGUCAGCUAUUUCUGUCAUUAACUUGUCAUUUUUAUCCUUCUCUACAAUUUCAUUAUGUCCUGCAAAAAUAAUGAUAAUUUGUUAUGAAAUUUAAGGUAGUGAAAAAUCAAUGACAUGAAUAAUCUUGUUACAGUAACUGCAUCUCUUGAAAGCUGAAACAGUUAAAGCGUGUAAACUCAAUUGGGAUCAACAGCCACCAAAAAUUCAAGUCAUCUGGGCUUUUCUUUAGUUCUUGUACAAAUUCGGUGGUGGUGUCUAGUUCCUGUGAUUGAAUGCAGUACUCCAGUGGCCAGUGUAUUAGCACACUUCUGAGAAAUAUGACAUGUAUGGUUUCUCUGAAUUAAAUGCAGGAAAUUUGGAAAUAACAUAGUAUAAGGAUCUUGUUAAUUGUAUUCAUAAUUUCAAGAGGGUUGUUGUUUUGUUUUGUUUUGGGUUUUUUUCCCAGUCGUGGCAAUGUGCUGCUCUCUAGUGCUCUGCUUUUCCUGUGGGACUGAUGCCUGCUAAGUCUUAAAUCAUUCACAGAGCUGGUAUCUGGAAAGAGACGUUCUCUGGCAGCUUGGAAGCCAAGGCAAAAGGGGUAGGCAAGAGGGUUUCGGUGAAUGACUGACAUCUUGCAAGCAGUCUUUUGAGAUUUAUAAAGCAAAGGGCAGCAUGAACUAUGCAUCUUCUUGGAGGGGGAAAUCUUACAAAGAUUACAGCCCCUUGUUCAAGAUAAUUAAUUAUGGAGAUUUUUACUAACACUUCUCUAUAAAAAGCUUGUAUAAGUACUCAAAAAUCCAAGACCGUAGUCUGCUCCAGUUUACAGUACUCUGGCAUAAUAUUAUUCAAAUAAUUCCAUAGGUUUAUUAUGAUUUUGUACACACAUAUUAAGUAAAAAUAGUUUUAGGCAUUGAAAAUGAUUACCGGCUGCAGGACCUUCACUUGUGUAUGUGUGUACAUGGUGCUUAUAAUCUUCCACCUGGUGAGCUAGUUCUGCUUUUUCUUUCUCUAACCGAUUAUUAGUUAAUCUGGAAUAUAAAACAGUUUUAGAAUAAUUUUUAAAAAAAUAUUAAAAUAUUUUGGAAUAUAAAAUAUAUAACUAAAAAUCGCAAUGGCCGUUUCCUGAUCAUUCUUAUUUCAUGUAUAUUGGCUGAGGUAUUUAUUUAGUUAUUUAAAAGUACAUUACCUUAAAAGCUGAAGCUCCCUGAUGAGGCUUUGCUCUGUCCUUGCACCUUCAGGAAAGUGUUUGUGAAGCUCAACCUUAGAAGAAAAAGUAAGAAAGUUUUACUGUUGAAAACAGUAUCCGUGGAUAAUGCAGUUCAGAUGGAGUUCUCUUUGAUACAGGAUUAAAAAACAAAUGAAAAUAAUACUAAGGAUAUAACCAAGUACUAGGUUAUCACAGAAAAAACCCCAAGUGUUCACCUAGUAACAGUUUCCACAGAGCUAAUUAUCUACAGCCUUUUUAAAGUUAGUAUACAUCACUGCUACAUAUUUCAUGAAGGGUGAAGAAAAAAGUAUUCAAAAGUUAGAUUUACAAAGAAAGUUAAGACACAUAGCUACAUUAGUAUAAUUUAUACACAUGCUUAAGGAAGUGAUACGCGUAAAUCAUUUAAGUGCUUUAAAAAUACUACUGAUGUGCUUAUUUGCAUACCUAGGUGUCCAAGUUCCUUUUUUAACAGAAUAUGAAAAACCUGUGAUUUUGCAAUGAAAACCCCAAUGUGUGUAUGUUGACUAGAAAUGACCUGCAGUUUUUAGAACAGGUCCCUGACCAGAGAGGGCACUGGCCUCUGGAAGUGCCUUUCAGUAGAAGAUGCAGGAGCAAAAAAUUAGUGGUUUAGAUGUGAGACUAUAUACAGUUUUUGAAUGCAGUGACAAUUUAUAAAUUCUCGUAAGGCUACUGUUAGUGAUAGGCUUCUGUUCUGUUAUUACCCAAAAUGGUAAGGAUUUGGGUUUUUUCCACAAUCUUUGAAAUGUAGUUAACCAUGAUCACAUCCCUUCAUCAGUAUUUGAGACACAAAAGAAACUGGAAAGUGUGUUGCUCCAGAGUAAUAUCACAUAAUGAAAUAAUUUUAUCUCUCUGUUAAUUUUGCUGCUGGUACACACUUCACGUUAAUAAUGCUGACUUCAGAAAAGGGAAAACAAGCAAAAACUAACAAAAUAACUGUUUUAUAGGACUCAAUUCCAAGUUCUAUUUAUUGAACACAUUUACUUGCUUACAUAAUAUAUAUGACUUCCUAUAUUGAAAGUUGUGUAUUCAAUACCUUACACUGAGAAUGGCCAGUACAAGAUGCCUGGGGAAGAAAACCAUGCACGUAUUAAUAAAUGAGAAGAUGGAAGCUAAUCUAGGUGGAUGGUCACAGGGCUACAUCUGGGGAGUACUUAAAGGCCAAAAUUUGAUACAUCUUUUCAAGGGUACCUGAGUUUAAAAUUCAUCAACUCUUCCAUGUGUGAAAUAACAUUUGUAAGACUUAUUAGGGACUGCAUGUAAGAGGCCAUAUGGGAAACAGCCAUGAAGAUCCCCUCUAGGAUGGCAAAGUCAAUCCCCCAAAAAAGACCUGGAAGGAAGAGGGAAGUCCCUGCAGCAAACUUGCUCUGUGGAACAAGCUAGAAAGAUUUUAAGACCAUUUGAAGCAUCUGUGCCUACAGGCUUUCAUGGGAUCAAUGAAACUAUAAUAACAAAACCCUACAGAAGAAUACAGUAGAAAAAGAUUAAUUUUCCCCUAAGACUGCAUAGAAUAGUCUAUGAGUAUAUUGACAAUAUGUGGUAAACCUUAUUAAUUGGCUAAAAUAUGUAAAUGUACAAUUAGGGCAACUAGGACUGAAAAAACCUAUAAAAGCAUGGAUUAGAGAAAAAAAAUGUACUCUGCCAAUAUAGACAUUAGAAAGAAAUUAAUAUUAAGCAAUGUAUUCUCAGAGUCAUCUGGCUAAAUUUUACUCACUUGUUCUUUUAGAUCUUGUACGUUUUUAUCAGCCUCAUGUUCACGUUCUGUUGCUUCCUGAAGCAGCCGUUUAAGGUCAGCAAUGCUUUGGUUUUUUUUAGCAAUAUCCAUUUCCAUUUCCUUCAUCUUCGUUUCAUGCAUUCUGGUAGUAUUUUUAUUUAGAAAAAGAUAAGAGCAAAAGCUGAUACUUUGAAGAAGUAGAGAUUCAAAUAUCUUUAGGAGAUUAAAUGCCAUAAAAUACACCCUAAAAUAUGUUUGAGGCAUUGGCCUUGAAAUAAUCACUGGUUAUUAUUAAGUUUAUAAGUGAGCUGAAAGAAGCAUAAUGAAAAAUACAUUUUUAAUCUUAGAAUAAAGGCUUUUCCAAAUGUUA